AUGUCUCAAAACAAUCAAACUGAUAAUUGGGAUGAAUGGGUUGAGGAUGCCAUUUCUAAAAAAUAUAUUAAACAUUAUGAAUAUAAAUAUUUUAUAAAUAUUCAAGAAAUUGGUACUGGCAGCUUUGGGAAAGUUUAUCGUGCCAAUUGGAAAAAUUCGGAACAAUGUUUAGCAUUAAAAUCUUUUUUUAAACUUGAUAACACCACUGCUAAGGAACUUAUUCAUGAGCUUGACCUUCAACGUGAAGUUGCUUUUCAUGACAAUAUUAUAAGUUUUUGUGGAAUUACAAUUGCUGAUCAAGAAAAUACAAAUGAUCAAAUAAUGAAGUACUUAUUGGUAAUGGAAUAUGCUGAUAGCGGGUCCCUACAAAACUAUUUGAAAACAAACUUCAGUAAACUUACUUGGAAUGACAAAUGUAACUUGGCAUAUCAAUUGGCUUGUGCAACAUUAUGUCUACAUAAUGAAGGAAUUAUACAUCGCGACUUGCAUUCUGGAAACGUGUUAAUUCAUCAGAAUGCUAUUAAGGUAUCUGAUUUUGGAUUAUCAAAAAGAAUUAAAGAAAUAUCCAACUCUCAAUCAAAAUUAUUUGGCGUUAUUCCUUAUAUUGAUCCAAAAGGAUUCGCCGGACAGCAACCAUAUUCGUUAAAUAAAAAAAGUGACGUUUAUAGUAUUGGUGUGCUUUUCUGGGAGAUAACAAGUGGUAGACCACCUUUCGAAAAUGAACAAUAUAAUUGUGAUUUAGCCGCACGAAUUGCACAGGGUCUCAGAGAAACCAUUGUUCCAGGUACACCUGGUAAUUAUGUUGAGCUUUAUGUUGAAUGUUGGAAUAGUGAACCAGAUAACCGCCCAACUAUUAAUGACGUAGUCGCAAGAUUGAAAAAAAUUAUUAAUACGUCAGAAAAUGCAAAAAUUAUUUAUGAACCAACAUUUAGUUCAAGUACUCAUAUAAGUAUUAACAAUUCAUUAGUUGGAGGUGAAUUAUCUCAAAUUUUUGAUGAAAUAACUACAGGAGCUUUAAAAUCAUCCAAUAAAAAGACAAGUGUUUUACUCGAAGAAGAGGAUCCGAAUAUAAUAAUUAAAGAGAUAUUAGAUUUUAAUGACGUAGAUUCCAUGGUUUUGCUUGGAUAUUUUUAUUAUAUGGGAGUCGAGACAAGUAAGAAUUAUGAAAAGGCAUUUAAAUUAUUUAAAUAUGCAUCUAAUAAAUCAAAUAAUAGCGAAUCAGGACAAUCAAAAUCAUAUGUAUUAGCAAAUUAUUACGUUGGAAUAUGUUACCACAACGGGUAUGGAAUUACAAAAAAUGAAAAAUUAGCUUUUGGUUAUUUUGACGAAGUAGCAAAUAAAGAUUAUGCAGCGGGACAAUCAAAUGUAGGUUAUUGUUAUUGUAUGGGAGUAGGUAUUAUAAAAGAUUUAAAAUUGGCUGCUCAUUGGUAUCAAAAAGCUGCAGAUAACGGAAAUAUAUUAGCGAUAUACAAUCUUGGCCUUUUAUAUUUAAAUGGAGAUGGUGUUAAUAAAGAUCAUGUUAAAGCUUUCAAAUUAUUUAAAAGAUCAUCUGAAGAAUAUUUGGGUGGAAUUGUUAUAUUAGGACGUUGUUAUGAAUGUGGAAUUGGAACCAAAAUUGAUAAGUGUAGAGCAUUCGAACUAUACCACAAAGCAGCAGAAUUAGGGGAUAGUCAAGCUCAAUAUAAUCUUGCUUUUAUGUAUAAAAAUGGAUACGGAACCACAAAAGAUUUUGAUAAAGCAACUUAUUGGUAUAGAAAAUCUGCUGACCAAGGACAUGAAGAUGCACAUAAUAAAUUAUAUCAACUCUCAAAAGUUAGGCGUGAUGACUGUAAAAUCUUGUAA